UCUAUAGUCGCUCUUGAAGUAGCGAGUAGCGCCGUCUUUGUUUACUGAUCGUUAUCGUGCAAUUAUAAAUUGCGAGAUGCACGUUUUUGGAGAGACGAUUAUAGCCCCGGAUUCUUGGUACCUAUUCUCAUUUUAUGGUUAUCCCUUCGCGGAGCUUCUAACCUAGUAGGUAAUGCUCGUGUGUACAGCCGCAGGCGAUAUUAAAAAGAAUCGGCCGACUCCGAGAUUGCAUCGCAUUUCGAGGCUAUAACGAAGGCCCGAGAAAAGUCAUAUCAUACGACCCUCACACUUAGUAAACAAUGCAGCCCAGUGUCUCCCGGUCCUUUUCGCCUAAGCCUAAAAAAUCGACUCAAAACGAGUGUCGCAGACGAAAGAAAAACAGAAGGUUCAAAGAACAAAGUGGUCAACCCUGUUGCCCGAUUCCUCGGCUUUUCAGAGAAAAAUAAACACAUGCGCGCGUGCGUACACAGCUGGCGCUCGCUAGACUAGACAACUGAAUGCAUUUCCAUUGCACAUAGCCAUAAUCAGCGAGUCGGGGCAGAAGAAAGAAAAAUCACAUUUUCUGUCCGUGUAGCAGCACUUCGCUCACGCUUCUCACUCGUCGUACAAGUGAUUAUUGUAUCAAAUUGUACCACGAAAGCCUGCAAGAAAGAGAGGGAAAGUAUCAUUACAUCGGAUCGGCAGCAGUUGUAGAGAGAGAGAGAGAGAGAGAGAGAGAGUGAGAGAGAGAGAGAGAGAGAGAGAGCGAGCGAGCAGCCAUAGGUAUACGUGUGUGCACAGCACAGCACAACCAUAGUAUAGGACCCGAAAAAACACGACUUGUGAGUGCAGGAGAAGCGACGAGGAAGAGGCGCGUUGUCUACAGCACCUAGUUCGCCUUAUUAUAGCUGUGAGCGGCAGGAAGCCAAUAAUAGGGAACAUAGAGAGUUGGUAUUAACCUGAAGAACAUCGUCGUAGUGGUUAGUGGAAGUCGUUCGCAAGAGAAAGAUCGAUGCUCGCCGCGAAUUGGAGGUUAGGCUGCGUCGAGCUCCCGAUGCUGCUGCUCAGGUAAACGGACAAGACACGACUUCCCAGCGGUUUUCUGGCUGGAACGGUUUACGAGAUCGAGCUUUCAAACGGACGAGGAUUUAGGAUCGACGAGCUGUACAUCAGUGUUGAAGGGCUGAGGAGAGAGAAUCACUAGUCCAGGAUAUAUUUUGUAUACAUUUAGAAGCUAGAGCAAGAAAGAGUCGAGGUCUCCUCAUUAGUGGCUCAAUGAAAUUCGCAGCUUUUAAGUGCCUUCCUGCGGCAAAGGUAGUGGCGACGACGAAUGCUGGCGUCCAGCAGCAGCAACAAGAAAGGAAGAGGCUCUCUGUAGCCAAGUCGUCGUCGUCGUCGUCGUCGAGUUGAAAAAAAGCACCUCUCCCGAAUGGAUGAUGCUCGCUGGCAAUGAACGGCAUGGAGAGACAUGGACAUGGACACGGCAAUUCGCACUCUCACCAUCAUCGUCACCACCAUCAUCACCACCAUCCAUCUCAUCAUCACUCAGACAGUGGCACUGGCUCUUCCUCCCAUCAUCACCACUCGUCGCACAGUAAUAGCUCCCAAAAUGUCUCUCACAAUUCCAACUCGGUGGCCCACCAGCAGCAUCACCACCAACCCCCUCAGCAGCAGGUUGUGUCCAAGCACAACCAUGGCCAGCCCCCGCCGCCGCAAAAAGAUACCAGCAGCGGCGGGUCAACAGCUAGUGGGCCUGUUGCCCUGCAGAAACCCAGAAACUACAAGCUGCUGGUCGAUCCAUUUUUGAAGAAAGGAGCCACCAAAGUUUAUAGGUACGAUGGGCUUGUACCAGGUGAUCCCACGUAUCCUGCAGUCCAGGUCAGGGAUCCACGCUCCCAGUUAACCCGAAUAUGGACAAGGUUAGACAAGAUGGAUUUACCUGUGCCAAGAUUCAAGAUUGACGCUAAUUAUUGUGGUGAUCCUCCUCCCUUAGAAGUAACAUUUUGCCAUUUGAAUGAUAAUAUUGAUAGGACUUUUCUUACUGAUAUGGUUCAAAAGUUUGGACCAACGGAAGAACUCACAAUAUAUUAUCAUCCUGUCACAAAUAAGCAUCUUGGUAUAGCAAGAGUUGUUUUUGAAACUACAAAGGCUUCUAAAGCAUGUGUAGAGAAACUUAAUAAUACGUCUGUAAUGGGUAAAGUGCUAAGGGUAUUUUUGGAUCCCUUUGGCGACGAGUGUCGAAAGCUUUAUGAAGAUUUAACUGUAGAAAAGAAAGUUGAAAAGAAAGUAGAGAAAAAAGUCAAGGAAGAGCCUCAGACUCCAGCCCCAGUUAUUCCACCUACAACGUCGAUUAAGAAUGAGGUGGAACAAAAUAAGAGAGGGCAGACACCUCUUGUCUCAGCAGAAAAGACUUCAACGACAGCAACGGAUGAGAGGGACAGCAGGCAUAAUAAAAAGUCAAGCCACGAAAAAAGUAGAGAUUCAUAUGUAGAAAAUUCUAGGUUUACUAGUAAAAUGACCCCCAACUUUCGCGGGGAUUAUCCGACCCCCGGCGGUACCAGUACCAGUAGCAAUGAGCUGGGCUUUAGUACUCCCAGUGAACUGAACUAUCCCAGCAAUUUCUCCCAGAACUCAACGCCAGCCAGUAACUAUGACUACUUUUACGGGAACUACCAUCACCAUCACCAUCAUCCACCUCCGCAUCAUCACACAGCUGCAAAUCCAGCAGCAGCCAACUUUAUCGGAGGCUUGCCACCUCCAGGGGUUACCCAGCAGCAAAACCUUCUUAACCAAGCGAAUGCUGGUGUUUGGUGGCCCAAUGCUGGAGCACCUGAGACUCGAGGCGCGGUGUACCCACCAAAUACUUCCUGGCCGCCGCCAGGUAUUAUACCACCUGAUGGCGCCCUGGUUCCCAUGACCACAGUCCCAGGCCGCAACGAUCUCGCAGUAGCUAACAGUUUCAAAUCGGCCGGUUCUAAGAAAAAAGACUCUGACUCUCCCGCGGAUUCGGAUUCCAUUCACACGCCAACGAAGGAGCAGCGCCGAGGUGAAUCACCGUCCGAGCAACGCAAGACCCUGGACCUUGAUACCCGAAUAGCUAUGCUACUGAAGGAUAAGGCGGGUGGUAUGGCUCCGCCAUUUCUUCAGUUCGGUAGCGACAGCGAGGACGAAAGAAAAUCGGCUGCAGACGAGGAGAUGCUGUCUAAUCCACCUAGUCCCUUCCUUACUAACGACCUCUACGAGGCCUGCUUCCAGAAAGCACAGCAGCGUAACAGGGAAAGGCGCAGAGUACGCGAGAACAGCUUGAAUCAGAUACCAAAGUCGGCGGGAGUUGACGAGGAUUUGGGAAGUAUUAUUAGUUCGAGUGAGGAUGAGGCACUGUUGGGGAGCUAUAGUCCGACAACGGCGGCAACCGGGUCAAAGGAGCCCGAGCCACCCAAAGAACAGCCCCAACCACCACCUCCACCACUUGAUGAUGAUCGCAUGUCCCUUAGUCCUCUUAGUUCCGGUGAUGAAAAGAUCGAAGAGAUCUCGCACGAACCCGUUAAUCAGCACCUUUUCACUUAUCCAAACGUUGCACACCUGCACCACUACCCGGCGGGAGCAGGUGUAGCUGCAGCUGCCGCUGCUGCUGCUGCAGCGACGACGAAUCACCAUCAGCAGGUCUAUCAACCUCAUCAUCACCAGCAGCCUCCACCGCAUCCACCGCCACAGGGACAACAACAAUGGCCCAGGCCAGCACAGUACCCAUUUUCUUACACCAUUGGAGCGACGGCUGCCGCGGCCGCAGCCUAUAUUCCUGGCCAAUAUGGUCAACCGGCUCCGGCAGUGGCUGCAACAGGAUUACACGGAGCAUCGGUUGCCGGUAUGCCACCACUUGGGCCUGGAACUGCAGGUCAGAAUUCGGGAUAUUAUCCUAACUUCCAGUCCAGACUACAAGCGAUGGCCAAUCAUAGUAUAACUAAGGAUAAUCCACAGGGCGCUACUAUUCAAGCCGUACUGAAUCGAGUAGUAAAUGAACUCAAGCAGAUCCUCAAGAAAGACUUCAACAAGAAGAUGGUUGAAAAUACUGCUUUCAAACUCUUUGAUGUCUGGUGGGACGACAAGAAGUCUGAAAAAGGAGUCCCGCUGGCCGGUACAAUUUUAAGCAGCACUGUCAACAAUGCGGCAACCCCAGCCGCGGUCGCGACCAACGAUGCAACAGCGGUGACGGUAACCGCGGCCACUGCCCCGACAAACAACGCUAUAACCGCUGUUGCUACUGCUGCUGUUGCUGCUGCUAAAGAGGAGCCUAAAAACCAUCUAAGCCAAAGAGCUUCUCUGCUCGAGCAGGCAACAACACCAUUGGGUCUUAACUACGAAGGUUUUGGUCUGGGUAUAAGGGCUAGUAUGCCGAAAAUGCCAUCAUUCAGGCGCAAAAUAAAAGUACCAAGUCCGGUGGCGCCGCAAGAUGAAGAGGACAGCCGACAAUCUGUAGAGGGCCGGGGUGCUGUUGAAAACAUAGUUGCUAAUGCUGAAGCUAUCGAUAGUGAUAGUGAUUUGGAUGCGACGCUUGCUCCGCAAAAGUCUGCAACCAAGAGGCAGAUCGCAAGUCUUCCUAGCAGUUCGUCAUCCUCUUCCUCCUCGUCUACGUCAUCCGAGGACGAAAGUAGUUCGAGCAGUAGCAGCAGCAGUAGCAGCGAUUCGUCGAGUUCUAGUGAUAGUUCUGAUGAUGAGGUCGCCGAUACAUUUGCGAAAGCGAAACUGGCCCGCGAUAGUCAGGAUCCGGAGAUACUUGCGGUUCUGCGGUCGUUGACCUGUAAAACACCAGAGGAUGGCCCGCGAACACCUAUACCGAAGAUAGACAUAUUCGAGAGUGCCGCAUCGUAUGACUUCCCGCAGAUCGAAGACUUUGAAGAAGAAGAUGAGGAAAUGGCCUACUCAGAUACUACUGAAACCAAAGAGAUCAAGCAAGAGGAGGAGAUCAACAACGCUAAUGAAAUGUCUGCCAAGCGACAUGCAUCGGAAUGGUCUGAUCGAGCGAUGGUCACACCGGUCACGGGUGUUGCGAUAAAGCAAGAGACAAUGCCAGCUAUCGUGCCCCACGACAUCAAGAACAUGGAGAGCUCUGCAAUCGAAGCUCUGAUAUCACUCGCUGGUCAAGAUAACAAACCACCGGUCACAAGGGUUCCCAGUCCAGUGCCGAUAAAACCGGCUCCAGUCGGCGGCAAUAUUAUUAGAAAACUGCAGACGAUGUCUGAUAGGUACAUAAACGAUGAGCCGAUCUUGAAGGAAUCCGAAAAAAUCGAUAUGUUUAGCGAAAUUCCAACUAGCGAAUCUGAGGAAGAAGAGAGCUUAGAGGUCAGGAGGCAGAGAUGUCAAGCUGGAUUACAGCAAACCGCAGAGGCCCGUCCUAGGUCGCAAGUUUGUCGAGUUUAUCUAGAGCAUUCUUACUCUCUGCUUCCUUCACAGCAGCAGGAAGUGCUAGAACAACAGAAACAAGUUCCUUCGAUGCAACAGCCUCUCGUUCUUACGCCAUCAGAAGUGCAACCCGCAAAAUCGACUGUGGUUGCUCAAAAUCUCGAAAAAUCUGACUUGAAGAAUCUGAGCAGCAGUGUAAAUAAGGAACGCGUGGAGAAGAAAAAGAAUAAACAUGUGAAAAUUAACAACAACGCGGUAUUACUAGAAAAGAGUCAUGAGCGCGAGAAGGAGAAUAUUCGGAUACCACCGUCGUCGUUUGAGAGAUUGGUGCCGCCGUCGUCGCUGUCCGAGUCACUGCCACCCUCGCAUCACUAUGCCACGCCAACGAUUUACAAAGAGCGUGAUCUCAUGUCCGAAAUGGAAAUACUCUAUGAAUUCCUGACGCGAGGCAUCGACCACGAGGAUGUAGAGUACUUACGCAGGAGUUACGAAGCCCUACUUGCCGAUGACACUCAGAGUUAUUGGCUCAACGAUACGCAUUGGGUCGAUCAUCCAGCGACAGAUAUACCUAGUCCUGCUAAACGGCGGAAGAGAGACGAGGUGCGGUUGCACGUUACUGGCUGCGCCCGUACGGAGGGUUACUACAAAGUAGACUUGAAAGACAAACUGAAACAUAAGCAUCACUACGCGCAAAGUAUUCAACGAAACGAGGAUGUACGAGAAAGCACCGGUAGUGGUGGUCGAGUAGUCGGUGGUCUAGAUAGCAGUAGUAGUUUAGCGAUAAAUGGACCAAAGGUUAACUCGAAAGCUCUUACCGGAAAAAUGCAAGCAUUGUCGCGAGAAGCCAGGAGCAAUCAAAGGCGCUUAUUAACGGCCUUUGGCAUAGAUACUGAUAGCGAUCUUCUCAAAUUCAAUCAACUUAAAUUCCGGAAAAAACAAUUGAAGUUUGCGAAAUCCGGAAUUCACGAUUGGGGACUAUUUGCCAUGGAGCCUAUUGCAGCCGACGAGAUGGUGAUAGAAUACGUUGGGCAAAUGAUCAGGCCAAUAGUUGCCGAUCUGCGUGAAACGCAAUACGAAGCCACGGGCAUUGGCAGUUCCUAUUUAUUCCGUAUCGAUUUGGACACUAUAAUCGACGCGACCAAAUGUGGAAAUCUCGCUCGAUUCAUCAAUCACAGUUGUAAUCCGAAUUGUUACGCCAAGGUUAUUACCAUUGAGAGCCAGAAAAAAAUUGUGAUUUAUAGUAAGCAGCCGAUUGGAGUCAACGAAGAAAUAACGUAUGACUACAAGUUCCCGCUGGAAGACGACAAAAUCCCUUGUUUAUGCGGAGCACCUCAAUGUCGGGGGACUCUUAAUUAAAUCACUCAUUUUAUAUUGCUUCAUCAAGCUCAUCUCUCCCAUUUUUCCUGCUCUGUACUAGGCAUUGUGCAUUGUGUCCCACUCAUAUUUUUGUAAAUAAAAAAAAUCUCCAUGUAAACGUUUUAUAAGAACAUAAAA